AUGGCGCCGUAUAUCGUGUUCGGUUUGCUACUGGUAGCUGUGUCGUGUGACGAGCUAGUUCCAGAACACCCCAUUGGAGUAGGCCUGGAGCCAGAUAACAUGGUCGAGGAUGUAGACAAUGGGCUGGCUAACACUGAUAUCUUGAUGGCUUUUGUGGUAUUUCGACAUGGCGACAGAACCCCGGAUUUGGAUGAGAUGGCAAAGUUCCCUUCAGACCAAUAUACGCACAGUACGUUUUUCCCGUUUGGAGUAAAAGCGCUAACAAAUAAAGGAAAACAGCGUGGUUACCGCGUGGGUGAAUAUAUAAGGAAACGGUAUAACAAUCUUAUAUCUAAUCUCUAUCUACCCGAUGAGUUAUACGUCCAGACAACAGGAUAUGCGAGGACCAAAAUGACCGUCCUCACCGCGUUAGCUGCUAUAUACCCGCCGAUGCCUGCUCAGAAGUGGAAUCCGAACCUAAACUGGCAGCCCGUGCCCUACGAUACUCCGUCGUAUGAAAAUGACGAUUUGCUGUAUUAUUACAAUUGCCCACGUUAUUUGGAAAUGCGCGAGAGAGUAUACAAUAUGCCAGAAGUCAAGAAAUGGAUGAAACCUUACGAGGGGCUCUACCAGUUUCUAAACACGAAAACUGACGUCAAUAUUACGACGCCCGAGGACGGUUUCUACUUGGAUAACUUGAUACAGGCCUUUGAAAACGUAGGUGUUCCACCACCUGAAUGGGCUAAAGAGAUCAUGCCUCAGAUUAAGGAAAUAACAAAAAUCGAAUACGUGAUCGAGUUUUAUAGUAGCGAAAUGAUUCGACUAUCAGCAGGCGUGUUACUAGAGAAAAUAGUGAACGCAACAAGUUCCGUCAUAUCAGGACACAAAGAUUUACCAAAACUCUGGUUGUUCUCCGCCCACGAGAAUAACGUUGCAGCGUUCAUGUCUGCUAUUAGGGUGUUCAAACCACACCAACCGAUGUAUGGCGCCACCAUAUCGCUGGAGUUCAGAAAACAUCGCCUCACCGGACAAUACGGUGUCACGGCAGUGUACGCAGCAGAUGUAAGUUCUGGAGAACCGGGCGUGGUGCUGCCCAUAGCUGGUUGUGGAGGAUUGUCCUUUUGCGACUACGACACGUUCAUCAAUCUUACACAAGACUACGUCAUAUCUCUUAGCGACUUUAAGAAACAAUGUAAGGAGCCUCUUACAUAA